UAUUCAUAGUGUUAAGCGCAAUAGAAAAAGCCUCCCAUGGACAAUUUCGUAAAGUCGUUGGAUUACUAACCGUUGGUUAAACCGUUCCUAAUGCUCAGAAAGCCUAGUCCCAUUGCCUCUAACUCAUCGUAAGGUGAUCCGAGUCGUCCUGAAAGCUGUAAAAAAGCCCAGUAAAUGGAUAAAAAAUAGUCAUCAUGUCGUCCCCACCGAGAUCAUCAGCUCGCGAAUUGGUAGCUGACGUUCAUUCCCAGGUCGUCAAGUAAAUAAAUAAAAAAUCUAGUAUGGAUCACGAAGUGAACGAGACAGAGAUGAAGAAUUGAUGAUGAGUUGCAUUGAAACGAGAGCUUUGGAUCCUCAAGACUGGAUGAUGAUUGAGCUGAGAAGUGGUGCCGGCAUGACAGCAUCAACAUUAGAUAGGCCAGCAUCAUCACGCAUUCAUUACACUAUUCUGAUAAUUCUUGAUGCCAUAUUCUCGGCAUUCGUAGCAGCUCCAGCUGUUGUUGGCUACUGGAGGGGCACAUGGGGACUUAGUGAUCUUUACAUGUUUCCAAAUGAUCCAGUAUUGAGUAAUGUGACAUCAAUUGUCGUUGGUUACGGUGGUUUAUUAUUUUUCAAUGUUGUACAAGGGCAUUUUAAUGACAUUUUUCAUCCGGACAAACACAGAUUGUUUUAUUACGUUGGAUCCAGAAUUUACACUGCCGUUUUUGGAUUUUGCUGUGUCAAUGCAUGGCGCGGGGGGUGGCAAGCACUUGAUCUUUAUACCGAACAAGCCACUGGAACUGUUCUUGCUAUUACUAUUGUUGCACUUGCUGCAUUGAUUUUUAUGAAAGCUGUGAGGAAUAUUUCAGCACCACCUUUUUCACUGAGUCUCGAUUCACAUCCUGGGUAUUUUGAAGUGCCCACUAUGUUUCGAGUUGAUAACUCUCGUGAUUGUACAUUAUACAUAUUAGACUGCGCAUUCAGUGUGGGAGUGGUUGGUACCCUAGUUGUCUUCGUGUGGCGGGGUAUUUGGGUGCUUCUGGAUCUUCAUCUUUUCCCGGAGAAUCGAGAAUACUCGGCCAUUGGGUCAAUGGUAAUAGGCUACAUCCUAGUGGCAAUAACCUUCUGCUUCCAACCAGUGAUGCGUUACGUGUGCAGUCGUCUGCAAGGGCUAUCUCGUCUUCUCGCAGCGGACGCUUUCCUCGUCCUGAGUUUCUUGGGUACAGUGAACGUCUGGCGGGGAAUCUGGGGGCUCCUGGAAGUCUGGCUCUUCCCAGACAACGUAGAACUCUCCUGCUGGAUCACUCACAUCGGGUGCUUCCUCUUCCUCGGUCUCCUGAACUGCAGCAAUUCGAUCCUCGUCCGAGGGGUGUACAUCGACGCUGAGGAGGAGGAGGGAAAAUGCGUGGUCUUCCCCUGUCACUAUCUGAGGCUCUUCUUCAAGAUCGAACGCGAGAAGAAAGAGGCUAGACGCCGUAACCACGUGGCCCCAUCCCGAGACUAUCCCCCGAGUGAAAGUGCGGGUAAAGACGCUGAAAACGGUGCUCUCCUUAACUGCACCCCAUUGCCAACGAUAAUUCCACCGACCCCAGAGUGUCUGGUGCUGAAGUAACCGUCACCCCGACGACAUGAAAAUCAUGUCCAACGACAAGUCACUGAGAGGACGUACAGGGAAUGAAAAAUGAUACUCACCGAAUUUAGAAAUGACAAUGAACUUGGCUUAACUCGCGUGAGAAAACACCUACUAUCUUGUAAAUGAUAUUUAUUUUCACUAGUACCAAGAGAUAACAAUAAACUUUAUGUAAAUAUUUUUCAA